CUACUAUUCCUACUUCUUAAACCCUCUUAUCCAAACAAUGUCAGUCCUCUCCCCAUUAACUCCUCCUCCUCUAUUCAAACGACACUCAUUACCCUUCACGAACAUUGUCGUUUGCUCGACCGCACUCGACAAGAAAUCCCGACGAAAGAAACAACCGCAACAACACCACCUCCAAAAACCACCACCACCGCCGCAACAACAACAACAACAGCUCUACAAAAAUGACAAUUCAAUCCUUCCUUCAACCGCCACCGCCGUUGAAAAAACGCUGCGUUUCAACUUCAUGGAAGAACUCAUGGAACGCGCACGAAAUGGCGACGCUGUCGGCGUAUCCGACGUCAUUUAUGAUAUGGUUGCUGCCGGUUUAACCGCCGGACCUCGCUCUUUUCACGGCUUAAUCGUUGCCUAUUCUCUCAACGGCGACACCGAAGGCGCGAUGCAAUCGCUGAGAAGAGAGUUGAGUCAAGGAAUUAGGCCUCUACACGAAACGUUUCUGGCGUUAAUUCGUUUGUUUGGAUCAAAAGGUCACUCUUCUCGAGGCUUGGAAAUGCUUGCUGCUAUGGAGAAGCUUAAUUAUGAUAUUCGCUUCGCUUGGAUAGUUCUUGUUGAGGAGCUCGUUAAGAAUAAGUAUUUGGAAGAUGCAAAUAAGGUGUUCCUGAAGGGUGCUAAAGGUGGACUAAGGGCUACUGAUGAGUUAUAUGAUCUUAUGAUUGAGGAAGAUUGUAAAGUUGGGGAUCAUUCUAAUGCGUUAGAUAUUUCUUAUGAAAUGGAAGCGGCUGGGCGGAUGGCUACAACUUUUCAUUUCAAUUGUCUUCUUAGUGUUCAGGCUACCUGUGGAAUACCUGAAAUAGCCUUUGCUACAUUUGAGAACAUGGAAUAUGGAGGAGAAGAAUAUAUGAAACCUGAUACUGAGACAUAUAACUGGGUGAUUCAAGCAUAUACAAGAGCUGAAUCCUAUGACAGGGUUCAGGAUGUUGCCGAGUUGCUUGGCAUGAUGGUUGAAGACCACAAGCGCUUGCAGCCUAAUGUGAGAACAUAUGCGCUGUUAAUUGAGUGCUUUACCAAGUACUGUGUAGUACGUGAAGCUAUUCGGCAUUUCCGUGCACUCAAAAACUUUGAAGGAGGAACAAAAGUCUUACAUCACGGAGGGAACUUUGGGGAUCCACUUUCUCUGUAUCUCCGGGCUUUAUGUCGUGAAGGUAGGAUUGUUGAUUUGCUAGAAGCUUUAGAGGUGAUGGCCAGAGAUAAUCAACCUAUUCCGCCAAGAGCCAUGAUAUUGAGCAGAAAAUACCGGACGAUGGUUAGCUCUUGGAUUGAACCAUUGCAAGAAGAAGCAGAUCUUGGAUACGAGAUUGACUAUGUUGCUAGGUAUGUUGCUGAAGGUGGGCUGACUGGUGAACGCAAGCGAUGGGUACCUCGAAGAGGAAAAACUCCUCUAGAUCCUGAUGCCGAUGGCUUUGUUUAUUCAAACCCAAUGGAAACCUCAUUAAAGCAAAGAUGUCUUGAGGAUUGGAGGAUGCACCACCGAAAGCUUUUAAGAAACUUAUGGAAUGAAGGCCUUGGAGCUUUGGGGGGAGAGGCAUCAGAGUCUGAUUAUUUAAGGGUAGUGGAGAGAUUGAAGAAAAUAAUCAAGGGUCCUGACCAAAAUGUCCUAAAGCCUAAGGCUGCUAGUAAGAUGAUAGUAUCUGAAUUAAAAGAAGAGUUAGAAGCACAAGAUUUACCUAUCGAUGGAACUAGAAAUAUUCUUUACCAGCGAGUACAAAAAGCAAGGAGAAUAAAUCGCUCUCGUGGCCGGCCCCUCUGGGUUCCUCCUGUGGAGGAGGAAGAAGAAGAGGUUGAUGAAGAGCUUGAUGAAAUAAUUUCACAGAUACAGCUGGAAGAAGGAAAUACUGAUUUCUGGAAACGUCGUUUUCUUGGAGAAAGCAUCAACGGUGAUAAUGUUAAGCGUAUGAAUGUAGAUAAAUCAGAACAUGCAGAUACAUUAGAUGAUGCUGAUACGAUAGAAGAUGCUGAUAAAGAGGUUGAAGAUGAUGAUGCUGAUGAUGCUGAUGAUGAAGAGGAAGUAGAAGAAGUAGAAGUAGAAGUAGACGUAGAGCAAACUGAGAACCCAGAUGUAGACAGGGUAGUUAAGCAAAAGGAAGUUGAAGCUAAGAAGCCUCUUCAGAUGAUUGGAGUUCAAUUACUGAAAGAUUCUGAUUAUGUGACUACAAGAUUUAAGAAAACCAAAAGGAGAUCUGCCCGGGCUUCAUUGGAGGAUGAUGCUGAUGAUGAUUGGUUCCCUGAGGACCCAUACGAGGCAUUCAAAGAGCUAAGGGAAAGAAAAGUUUUUGAUGUAGAAGAUAUGUAUACCAUUGCUGAUGCAUGGGGUUGGACAUGGGAGAGAGAAAUAAAGAAGAGGCCGCCACUGAAAUGGUCACAAGAAUGGGAAGUUGAGUUGGCAAUUAAAUUGAUGCUGAAGGUGAUAGAAUUGGGCGGAGCUCCCACAAUUGGAGAUUGUGCCAUGAUAUUGCGUGCAGCUAUUAGGGCCCCUAUGCCUUCAGCUUUCUUGAAGAUCUUGCAGAUAACACACAGUCUUGGUUACACAUUUGGGAGUUCUCUAUAUGAUGAAGUUAUCUCCUUGUGUCUGGACCUUGGGGAACUAGAUGCUGCAAUUGCAAUAGUUGCUGACUUGGAAACUUCUGGAAUCACCGUUCCGGACCAAACACUUGAUGGGGUGAUUUCUGCGAGACAAGCAGUUGACAAUCCUGGCGACGAGAUAGCUUCGUAGAUAUGAACUGUGUCCUGUAGAUCUUCCUCUUGUACAGUAAGCUCGUGGGCUGAGAUUUUGUAAGUUGAGCUAGGUAGUUGAAGAGCAAUUGUAGAAUUAUCUCAUAAUGUAUAUCAACACAAAAGUUUCAUUCGCUUCAGUGCCAAUAAACUCUGUGUUUGAUGCCUAUCCAAGCCAUUGCCCCCAUUAAUCCCGACAAAAUCGGGUUGGCUUGUAAAGUUCUAUAUCCGGGUUCGUAAUGGAGACAUCUGGUUGAAAAAGAAGGGACCCUUGGAAGUCUAUUUCAGCUAUGCACUAUUUUUGUCUUGAUUGGAGAUAGAGAACAAUUUAUUUAUGUGUACAUUUUACAGAAAACUUUUUCUUUGUGUACAAGCAAGGAAAGUACCUGCUUGAACCUGAAGCAAGGGAAUUGACAUUUAGAAAUUAUUUUAACGUCUCA